AAAAAAAAUACAAAUACAAAGUAAAUUUUCUUUACGCGUGAAUUUUUCAAUAAAAACCCACAAAAUUCCGCCGUUUAUCGCAUUUGCGUUUGCGAAACUAUUUUCUGGCGGCCUCAAGCGUAGCAGAUUUAAACCAAUGCAUUUAGGUUUGAAACAUCAAAAACCAACAAACAAAAAACAUCAUAAACGUUUUUCCGGCAGCAGUAAGCGAAAAUGUCUUUAUCCCGAGAAUUUAAUUUACAGGAUUCACGGGGAUCGAUGUACUGCGCGAGUGAACCGGACCCAAUUGGUCGAGUCCAGUACCAGUCGGGAGGGAUCAUUUACUCCAACAACAGCAGCAGCAUUGGCCAAGCGACUUUCAACCGCCCUCAUUCUGCACUUGAAGGUAAUUCCACCGAAAUCAUUGAAGUCGUCUGUCAGCCACACUAUGCCCGAGAAGAAGACUUGGAGCGGGAGCGAGAACUACCCAUUGUUGCCUGUUCACAGCCGCCAGUCCCCUCCCUACUCACCGAGUGUCAGCAGUCAAGUGGCUCCCUCUUCUCAAUUGUCUCAGCACCGCCGGUACCGUUGGCCGAGUUGGAUGUCAAGCAAAUGGAUACGCUGGGUGUGGGCCUACAGCCGGGAAUUGGCUAUGGUCUGCAAAUGGGCGGCAGUGCACAAAACCCUUUCAUUACCACUCACUCGAAUGUUUCGAUCGCUGAUGUUGCCGCCUCGGCCCCGGGUUCGGCCACGUCUACCAUACCCCGGCGUCCGGUCACCCUACCCAUCGAUCAACCCUACUGUCCGGCGCCAACGAGUCGCACGUUGCAUGCCAGCCUGCUGGAACAUCAGAUAUCGGAAAUUGAAGAAGAUGACAAUGAAAACUUAUUAACGGUCUCAAGCAUUACGGCACGGCCCUUAAUUGCCAAAUCCCGUGAAUUACGCUCGAGUCGUAAUUUAUGCAGCAGUGCCGGUAAACGGAAACGUGGCAAAGGCGGUCAUAAAUUGCCCGCUGGCAUCUCGAAUACACCCAGCAAUACGGAUUCGAGGGCCAGCUCUGGUCAUCCGCCAUCAUCACGUUCUUCAAUCAGCACUGAUCCGCCAGAUGGCGGCUAUGGUUGGUUUAUUGUAUUCGGAGCAUUUUCGGUACAAUUUUGGGUAGCGGGUUUGGUGAAAUCCUACGGAGUUUUAUAUGUCGAAAUCAUGGAAACAUUUCCCAGUUCUACAGCCACUGUGGCCUCUUGGAUACCAGCCAUACUCUCGGCUCUGUGUUUAGCUUUAGCACCGCUCUCCAGUGCACUCUGUCAACGUUUCUCUUGUCGCACCGUCGUUUUUAUAGGUGGUCUAUUCUGUGCCCUCGGCAUGUGUCUAAGUUACUUUGCCACCAGCCUGGUGCAUCUACUCUUUACCUUUGGCAUUCUUACGGGCAUAGGUGGCGGUCUUUCCACCACUCCCGGCAUCGUUAUAGUCUCCCAGUAUUUUGAUAAACAUCGGGCUUUAGCCAAUGGUAUCUGUGUUUCGGGUACCGCCACGGGCAGCUUUAUUUUGCCUGUGCUCAUUAAACAUUUGGCCGAGAAUUUCGGUUUUCACGGCACCAUUUUAAUAUUGGGUUUCUGUAUGCUGGACGUCUGCUUAUCAGCACUGCUGUACAGACCUUUGGAGUCGUUUCACACCGACGACGAUAAGAUCGAAGAGGAGGAUGCUACAAAGCCUCUAAAUGAUAUAAAUCCUAGCAACAUUGAUAUGUUAACUAAUUCAACCUAUUUGGAUACAUGUGAUGACGGUUUGAAUACUAAGUUCAUAGAACACUUAUUUAUGGAGGAGUCGAAAAAUCGUUUAAAUGAUUACUACAAUAAUAAAUAUAAUGCUUCUGAAAAAUCUGUUCCUAAUUGUGCUCAAGAGAGCGAUGAUGAGGUGAAGGACAUAAUUGGCGAGACAACCUUCAUCAAACCCAUGAAAAAAGUACGUAGUUCCGGCAUCAUGCACUCAGUCGAAGACUUAAGCACCACCUCGACCUGGGUGUAUCGCAAAAACUCCGGCACUGAUUCAAAUCGUGCUUCCCGUCGUCGUCGCAAUGUUUUUGCCAACGAUGAAAUUAUUUCAAAGAUACAGGCUCAUUUGGAAAAACCUCUCUCACCACCCGCCGUUGUAACACGUGGCCUCAGCAAAAGCAUGGAAAUACCCACACCUGCCAGUAAUAUGAGUGAAAUCAAGUCGUGCGAUAAAGAACAAGACGGCAGUUUAGUGGGCGCCAAUUCCAUAGAGGAAGAUGUCGACAGUGUACGUUUAACCUGUAUCGAACGUAUUGAAAUCUAUUUGGAUAUCAGUUUAUUAAAGGAUCCAACAUUUAUAUUGAUGUGCUUGUCGGUGACUCUAAUGUCGGUGGGAUGCCCCUAUAUGUUGUACUAUUUACCCGCUCAUGUUAUAUCAAUUGGUUACAAUAAAAGUGAAGCUGGUUAUUUGGUAACCGUUAGUGCUGUUUUAGAUCUGGUUGGUCGCUUAGGUCUAGGAUGGCUCUCCGAUUUACAAUUAUUCGAUCGCAGGAAGACCUACGUAUUUUGUAUAUUGGGAGCUGGCAUCGCUGUACUCACCAUACCCUCGGAAUACACCAUUUAUCUAGUGGGUUUAUCGGCAGCUAUUUAUGGUUUCUGUUUAGGCAGCUGGUAUGUUUUGAUGCCAGUUCUAUUGGCUGAUAUUUUCGGCACCGAUCGCAUUAGUUCCAGUUACGGUUUAGUACGCAUGUUUCAAAGUAUUGGUGCUAUAUCAGUGCCACCUUUAGCUGGAUUCCUGCGAGAUUUAUCCGGCAGUUAUGCUAUUGUGUUUUAUUGUAUGGGCUCCUGCAUGGUAUUGGGCUGUUUGCCGCUACUAGUUUGGGCCGUCUUAGAUUGUCGAGAGCGUAAGCUAUAUGAAGACAAUGAUAACAAUGAGGAUACAUCAUCGGUAUCUUAAAUUUGAAAAC